AUGAGUAGUAAAGAAAAAAAGUAGCCAUCAAACAAAAGUGUCGAUAAAAAAGACAAAAGUGUCGAUAAAAAAGACAAAAGUGUCGAUAAAAAAGACAAAAGUGAUGAUAAAAAAGAAAAAAGUAUUGAUAAAAAGGAUAAAAGCAUUGAUAAAAAAGAUAAAGAUAAAAAAAAGAAAGAUAGCGAUAAAGAAAAUAAAUAUAAUAAAUUUUGUGUUCACCAUUCUUCUGAAUUAGUAUAUUAUUGCGAAUCCUGUGAAGAGCCCAUAUGCCGUAAUUGUACUAAACUAGGCCCUCAUAACAAUUAACUCCACCGCAUAAAUACCCUCGAAGAAGCUUACAAAUCUCGUGUAAGUAACCUAUCAGAAUUAAUAAAAGGUAACCUUUUAUAAAAGCGUGAUUAACUUUUGGCUUAAAUUCACCGUAUAGAAUACCGUAUUGAGGAGAUAAAAUACAUUAAAUAAAUAAUCGAGCGUGAUGUCCGAAACGAAUACGCUUCCAUAAUUGAGAAUUUGAAAUAGGCAGAAGGAAAAAAGCUAGCUAUAUUAUAACAUGAAAUGGCUGAAUUGUAAAAAGACUUGGAUAAAAUAAAUGAUUUGGGUAAUAGUUUCAGUAAUUUUGUAAAUAAUCCAAAUGAUCCUGUUUCUUUUUUAAUAAAUGCAUAAACAAUUCACGAAAAUAUAGAAUUUUUAGUUGCUAAACCAUUCAAGACUAAUAUUGAUGUUUAUCCGUAUGAUUUACCCAGGUAAUUGACUGAUUUACGUUUAUAAUUAUAAAAAGCAGAUGCUUAAAAUUCACUAAUAGAGUUUAAAAAUUAAAUUAUUUGGAAAUUAUUGGAAGAUAGAAAAAAAACUGAAAUCGAUAUUAAAUAAAAUAUGGAAAACGCAGCAAAUAAUGAAAUCGCAGAAUGGGCAAAAUUAACAGAUAAAUUUGCAUAAGAACUUCAAAAAUAUUCAUUAGUUUGUUACUAUUGUGGAGUACCUAUGGAAUACAAUAGUGUAAAUAAAAAAUGCGCUAUUAAUGUUAAAUUAUAAGAAGAAACAUUUUAAGGAUAUACCCUUAAAGUUCCUGAUGCUAAAUAUAAUGGAAAUCAUAGACAUUUCUUUAGUAAACCUAAAGGAGAUUUAGUAGACUUACUAAAUGAAGGUAAAUAAUUAGAAACUAUUAACUAAAUUUAAUUUAUUUAUAUUAUUACGGAAAUCAUUGGAAUAAAAUAAGAUGAAGCCGAUUAAUUAAGAAAAUUUUUCGAUCCUAAAAAUACUAAUUAAAUAAUUUAUGAAGAUGUUUUAGAAGUAUUUAAUGACCCUUCUUUAGUUGAUUAAAUAUAUGAAAAAUAUUGA